GAAGUAUUACGUCACCGGAAACGAAUGGGUUUUAUCCACCCCUAGCAACCGACACAAACGUAGAAAGUAACCAAUACACGCAGUUAAAUUUACAUUGAUUAAUUUAUCGGACUUUUUUUUUUUUUCCUCUCUAAGGCGACAAACAAUUCAGGGUAUACAAAAGCGCAUAAAAACCUAAUUUAGUAGAAAUGCCUUUGAUAGUUAAAGACUUCACGUGGACGCAGACACAGUCACUAGUAUACAUAAGUGUUCCUUUAAAGGGAAUUAAAGUGGGGCAAGGAGACAUAUUAGCCACGGAUGAAUACCUGAAGGUCACUUUCUCACCAUUUUUGUUUGAAGUGUUCCUUUUUGAGCACAUAGACGAUGACAAAAGCGUGGCAAGAAUUAGUAAAGGAGUGCUCGUGUUUACGCUGCACAAAAAGGACGAGAGGAUGUGGGAACAGCUGACGAUCAAGGAUGCUGAUCCACAGAUAAUGAAGGCGAUCAGAGAGAGAGCUGUCAUCAAAGUUCAGGAAAAGUGUAAUAUGGAGUCAAAAGCCAAAGCUGUGAAAAAACAAGAAGAAAACAAAUAUGCACUUGAGACGAUGAUGAAGAUGGAGGAAGAAGAAAGGGCCAGAAUUGAGAAAGUCAAGGCGGAGGAAUGUAACAAGGCUACAGCUGAGUUGGAGGCAUGGAAACUUAAACAGAAGCAAGAAGCUCAAGUGCAAGAAGCUCAAAGAAUUUGCCAAAUGCCAAAGCUGGAGGAAGAGAAGAAAAACAGAGAAAUUAAUCAUAAGUCUGCAGCACCUCAAAAACAUAAAGAGCAGCAAACUGAUUCCAGCAAGAAAAAACAGGUGCGUCUACCUGCUCCAAGGUCCUCUGGUACCAUCAAAAUUCAGUUUACCCCACGGGUAUUCCCAACAGCCUUACGAGAAUCCAGAGUAGCUGAGGAAGAAGAGUGGCUUAAAAAGCAAGCGGAAGCCAGGCGUGCAGUCAGCGAUGAUGUCCCGGAACUGAAGGACCUGAAGGAAGAUGAAAGGAACCCUGAGUGGCUUAAAGAAAAGGGCAACAAAUUGUUUGCAACUGGGAACUACGCUGGUGCUGUUAAUGCCUAUAACCUGGCGAUUAAGCUCAACAGAAACUUACCGUCCCUAUACUUAAACCGCGCUGCAUGUCACCUGAAACUGAGAAACCUACACAAAGCAAUAGAGGAUUCCUCUCGAGCGCUUGAUUUAUUGAUGCCAGCAGUUGCUGACAAUGCAGACAGCAGAAUGAAAGCUCACGUACGACGAGGAACAGCUUUUUGUGAACUGGAACUAUAUGUUGAAGGUCUUCAGGAUUAUCAAGCUGCACUGAAGAUUGAUCCCCACAAUAAAGCUGUACUUUGUGAUGCAGAAAAGAUCAGACAAAUCAUUCAAGGAAAUCUGCCUAACCCGUCAGCUGUUGAGAAGAAAAUGUAGACAUUG